AAAUUCGUACAAGUAUUCUCCAACGUUGUUAGUGUUGCUGCAACAGCAUCCGACACCAAACGGCAGCAGACAACGAACAGCACACACAGCACACCACGAAGCCAUGGACGAGAAAAUUGCCAAGCUCGAGACCGCCACGGCCGAAGCCGCGCUGCAGCUGGGGGUCGCCAGGCAGGCGCUGGAGACCGCAGAGGCCGACCUCGCCAGGGCCAAGGAAAAAUACCGGGCCCUCAGCGCGCAGCUGGAGAAAUCGGGGGACAGCAUGCUGGUAACCGAUACGGAGCUCCCAGAGCUGCUCGAGACGAGGAUCCGCGCCAAAAACGUCCUGGAAACGAUCGAGGCAAAACACAAGACCAACCAGCGGUAUUUGGACAUGAUGAUACGGAAACGGGACAGCGCCAACAGCGGCGAAGAAACAUGAAUGAAAAACAACAACCGGAAAACCUACAGUAUAUACAGAGUUAAUGAAGUUAUAAUUACAUGGCAGAGCCUGCUUGGGAAGCAAUCGUUAAUGAGAGUCCUAUUGUUCUGUACCAUUCAAUUUGGGGGUUUUCUAACCGAAAAGAACAAAAUGAUUGCAGCCCAAUCGUACUACCGUUUGCCAUACAACGGAUUCCAUCAAAGUUAAACGAAAACGAAGUGUCCCUUCCAAAUCACAGCUUCGUAGUGUUGUAUUUUUUUUCCGAUGUAUGCCAAUCGAUCUUCUUUGAGCUUUCUUUGUGAAGAAAAUCAAUUUACAGUA